CCCCACCCCAUUCCCAGCCAAGGCGCGUCUCCUUCCCGUUAGUUACUGGGCGUGUCGGGGCUGGCUGGCUGGCUGACUGUCUAUUCCAGCCGCUGCCCGCAUCCCUCCUGCGGUAGCUCGGUUAAUGCCGGGGCGUUUGGGACCCCUGCGGUCAUUUUGGAGGAGGGAUGGCUGAUUAUAAAAAUGCACAACAGCCUGAAGAAUUAUUACCAUGUCGGAUUUGUGGAAGGACUUUUUUUUUACCUGCAUUAAAAAAGCAUUCUCCCAUUUGCCAAAAAACUGCUGCUAAAAAAAGAAAAACAUUUGACUCUAGCAGACAGAGAGCAGAGGGAACUGAUAUUUCCACAGUAAAGCCUAUAAAACCACGGCCAGAACCUCCAAAGAAACCAUCAAGCUGGAGACGAAAGCACGAGGAGCUCAUAGCAGCUAUAAGAGCAGCCAAAGGAGUAGAUCAGGUUCUUAAAGAAGGUGGAAAAUUGCCGCCGCCACCACCUCCUUCUUAUGAUCCUGAUUAUAUUCAGUGCCCAUACUGCCAGAGGCGAUUUAAUGAAAAUGCAGCUGAUCGACAUAUCAAUUUCUGCAAAGAACAGGCAGCACGUAUUUCUAAUAAAGGGAAAGUGGUUAGUGAAGUUAAAGGGAAGCUUCCUGCUCGAACACAGUACAAGACACCAACAGUAAAGAAGAUACCUUCUUCAGGGCUAACACCGCCAGCCUUAUCACGCUUACCACAACCAAGUUCCUCUGCAAAUAAAACACUGUCUCCAGGUGGACAAGUGGGAAACAAAAUCCAGAGUUCUCCAGCUCAUAAAAACGUAAUGAAAGUGAGUCCACAAAUAGGAGGGCCCAUGAAACCACGGAUGGGAGCAUCUACUAAUAUGACACGAAGCACCGGUCCGGGUAUGAUGGCAAACAAAAGAAAAGCAUUUGGUACUGAAACUUAUUCAGCCAGGCCCGGAUUCGACAGUGGAGACUGUUCAUCUAUCAAUGGAGGAAGUUCAAAAAGCAGUGAGGGAAAUUCUCUUGCACAGUUACCAAAAUUCUGUUACGAAUGUGGUACCAAAUAUCCAAUUGAAUCUGCAAAAUACUGCUGUGAAUGUGGUGUUCGAAGAAUGAUUUUGUGAAUACACCUGUAAUGUAAAAUGAGAGAUAGAUUUCUUGCUAAGGCUGUAUGAAAAUCUCUGCUAUACUUUUCCACCGGGAUUUGCGCUAAGGCACCAUAUUAUGUUCUGGGCAAUUAUUUUUUGUUGUGAAAUAAUAUAUAUAGAUAUAUAAAUACGUUGUAUAUAAAUGGUUAGAUACAUAAAACUGUGCCAUUCUAGAUGGUAUACUUGAGAUAUUGUUGAAGAAUAUUUAAUGGAGCAAAACUUUAAAUCAAGCGCUAAGGUUUUUUGUAAUAUACAUAUAUAUUAAUGUUCUUAUUCAUUUGUAGUUUUUGCCCUGAAUCAUUUGGUCUAAAGAACGUGUUCCAGUAGAAAAUAUGUUAUACAUGGAAAUAUUGAUUGAUAUUUGGUUGAUAACCUAGACGAGCUUGUUGAUUGACAGUCAUACAUUUUAUUGUUUGUAUAUGUUUAAUAUAAAUUGAAAUUACUAGUUUCACAUGUACUAAUAUAGCUAACUAGUUGGCAUUUUACCUGCUUUCUUGUUCCAAAAAGCUAUAACAAGUUUUUGUGCACAGAUAUUUUUCUAUGUGGAAAACUUCCCAUGUGUUUCAUACAAAAAGAUUGAGUUGCUAAUAAAUUAAUUAAAUUGUCAAAUAUAAUUUAAUCAUGUUCUUAGGAUCAACUUCUUUUCCUAAAAAACAGGUUUGUGAUCAGUUUUAAAAGCUUGGCCAAUAUGGUCUAAGUUAAUUUCCUUUUGAUUGCUUGAAAUGUACCAACAAAAAAGCAUUGAAUAUUUUAUAAUAACUAUGACACACUUGUUUCAGAAAAUGAUAUCCCAAUCAUGAUUUUUCUUCUUCCUAUUACUUUGACUUGAGGGUGACUUUACCAUUAUCAUUUCUUACACAGUCCUCUGAAACUAAAACAAAAAGAAUUAUAUUAAACUCAAACUACAUUAGUAUUGUUACAUUUUUUUUUAGUAAAUUUGGUAAUAAUUUAAGUAAAACAACAAGUCAAUUUCCAUUUUUUGACCUGAAUGAUGUAGGAUUUUUAAUGCUAUCUUCAUUCUAGUCAAAACCUGCUUGCUGUGGCAGAUGACAAUUAAAAAUGCAUUGAGCAAGAUUUGUCCCUAUUUUUGAGUAUAUUGGCCAAUGGCAAACUGCAAUUUUUAACUAAAAGAAUUAACAGGUUAAUUAGUAUAGAAUUGUAUUUGUGUUAAAAUUCUCUUUAAAAAGCAUUCAUAAAUGUAGUAUUCCAGUUCUGUAUUGUUACCUAAUUUUAUGUGUAUUAGUGAAAAUCAAUCUUUAAUAUCUUAAUGUAGAUUAGCAUUUUUGUUUUUUUAUUUAAAAUACACUGGUAUGGUGGAGCUUACAUAACAAAAAUUCAGAAUGCACUGUAGUUCUUCCUUGGUCUAUGGAUUAUGUGGAUUCUGCUCUGCCUUGCCUAUUAACUGUUAGUAUAACUUAAUAUGCAUCCUAUUCACCAAAGAACCCACAUUUGUUGUAUUAAAAAGUUUCACAUGUUCCUGCAGAUGCUUUAUUACAUCUUAUUGCAUCUCUUUGAUAUGUUUUAAUAUAAUGAAUCUGGUCUUCAUAACAAAGCAGUAGUCUAAUUUCUACUAAAUAGUUACAUGAGCAUUAUUCUGAUUAGGUAAAUUUUGUUUCCCUAAAUGUUCUUUAAGAACAAAAGCAUUGUAUAAAUGCUUGUUCUAUGUAACCUAGAAUUUUGUUAAUAAAACUUUCAUUGUGUAUAUAA